UGUGGAAGCUUUAUCUUGAACCGCAUUGCCCUCUAGCGCUGCGCCGGGGCCGCCCCGUGAUGUCAGCAGCGCAGCCCGCGAGCGCAGGCAGCUGCUCCCGCAGAGCCCCGAACUGCUGACAAACCCCUCGGAGACGCACGUCAGAACAGCUAACGGGGGCAUCCUUCCAACCGAACCACAAAUGCACGAGGGAAGACAGUAAACCUGUCUUUUAUUUCAGGGACCGUCAUGAUCAAAACAGCUACUUUCAACAUCCGGCCAAGACCUCUGCCUGCUAAUUUCUGUUUAAACGAGUUGAUGUGAGAAAUUAAGCGAGUUUGAACAGGCUGUUGUUUCCGACAGGCUUUGGAGGACUUCACGCUGUGCAAGUUUUACGUGCUGAAAGCUAACAGCUUGCUGGAGAGAUGAGUUCUCAAUCCAAACCUGGCGGGGGCUUUGCAGCAACUUCUUGGGUGGAGAGAGAACUUUCUGCUGAACUCAACCAUCUGCGUGUUGUGCACAGGAUCCAAUCAUAACCUGCUAUGGAGAAUUACUUUUAAGAUGAGUGCCUACCUUGCUGAGAAAUCCAAUUCAUCAAUACUUGGAUAUUUGAAAGUGUCUGCAUUAAAUAGCAGCAAUCUUUCUGCAAACAGCUCCAAUGAGACAACAAGCAACCUGGAUUUGCCUACCUUGGAUAUCAGUAGGGCGAUAACUGUGGGGCUCAUCCUAGGUGCCUUUAUACUCUUUGCUAUUAUUGGUAAUAUUUUGGUAAUUCUCUCUGUUGCUUGCAAUAGACAUUUAAGAAUCCCUACAAACUAUUUCAUAAUUAACCUUGCAAUAGCAGAUUUGUUGCUGAGUUUUACUGUCCUUCCAUUCUCUGCUACACUGGAAAUCCUCGGCUACUGGGUUUUGGGGAGGAUAUUUUGUGAUAUCUGGGCAGCAGUUGAUGUGCUCUGCUGUACAGCUUCUAUUUUAAGUCUAUGUGCAAUCUCCAUAGAUAGAUAUAUAGGAGUACGUUAUUCUCUUCAGUAUCCAACUUUGGUAACAAGAAGAAGAGCAAUUCUAGCUCUCCUAGGUGUCUGGGUCCUUUCCAUGGUAAUUUCUAUUGGACCUCUUUUGGGCUGGAAAGAACCAGCACCCAAGGAUGAGAAAGUGUGCCGUAUCACUGAAGAACCAUUCUACGCUUUGUUUUCUUCCUUGGGGUCAUUUUACAUUCCUUUAAUCGUCAUCCUCGUCAUGUACUGUCGGGUCUACAUAGUGGCCAAAAGGACUACAAAAAAUCUGGAAGCCGGGGUUAUGAAAGAAAUGUCCAACUCCAAGGAGCUGACGCUACGGAUCCACUACAGGAACAUUCAUGAGGACACCUUAAGCAGCAACAAAUCCAAGGGUCACAAUCCCAGAAAUUUCUUAGCUCUCAAACUUUUAAAAUUCUCUAGAGAAAAGAAGGCAGCCAAGACGCUGGGAAUUGUGGUUGGCAUGUUUAUCUUGUGCUGGCUACCUUUCUUCAUUGUUCUGCCUCUAGGAUCCCUGUUCUCAGCUCUGAAACCCCCUGAAAUAGUCUUCAAGGUGAUUUUUUGGCUUGGCUACUUUAACAGCUGCUUGAAUCCAAUCAUCUACCCUUGCUCAAGCAAAGAGUUCAAGAGAGCUUUCAUACAGAUUCUAAAAUGCCAGUGCCACCGUCGAAAGCAGUUGGGGUGGUGGGCCUACAGCUACAGGAACUGGAAUCGGUGCUCCUUUGAACACCCUCGGAAGGACUCUCUGGAAGACAGUGGGAGUUUCUUAAGUGGCAGUCAGAGGACAUUAUCUUCAGCAUCUCCCAGCCCUGGCUACCUGAGCAAAAUCACUCACCCGCAUAUGGAAAUGUGUACAUUCCAGGAAUGGAAAAAUCCCAGCUCUUUCCUGAGCCCCUUACAAGAAGGCAGCAGUCAAAAGGACCCAUGCCAAUUCUUCACCUUCAAUCUCCUAACAGAGCGCAAUGGACACAUUGCUGCUAGCAGCCAAGCCUCCAGCAAAGGGGACCAUGAGGACAUAUGUGACACAGUGAAUGGUAGAACUGACUGUAGUACAAGCAUCAUGCUGGAAUGAAUGGAUUCUAAUCAGUCUGCACAGAUUCUGCUCUCUUCAUACACUAACCUCUGAUAUUUAUCCCAGGGGAAGACAUGGACCACUGCACAGUUCUCAGUAUGGCACUAGAAGGAAGUCAGCGAGGAACAGGCAGAUUACCAUCACAAGAAUGGCAAAAUCUAGAGGCUAGCCAUGUUCCUAAUAAGUUGCUAAAGAUGCUACUGAAACAAAUACAGAAUGCAGAGAAGUAGCUGGAUAAACCCAGGGAAGUACACAGCCAAUUAUUCAGCUAUCAUGGUAGUGCUGUAGAACAGCCAAACACACAUGUAUAUAGAAAGAAUGUAUAAAUAUGGGGGAGGGCAAGGGAAACGUGUAUGAAAGUUUGUGUGCACACGUGUGCUAGCCGCAUGUUUGGAUACCUGAGAGUGGAAGUGAGCAAUGCAGUUGUACAGCGUUGUUUGUACCUCUCCAGAGCACUAGCUGCUGCUGAUUUUGCCUGCAAAAUUCUGAUUGUUGCUGUACUUCACUGUACAUUAGCACUUUAGAAAUGGAAAACAAUGUCAAAGAUUAAAAUAAUUUCGCAACAAUUUAAGCACUUGCACCUAUUACUAUGGAGCAGGAAUCCAACCAAGUUCCCUCCUCACAGCAUCCAUUUUAAAAUAAAACACGGCGGUUAAGUUUAGAGUUAUAACUCCUAGGAUGUUCUUGACACUCUGCAGUUGCUUACUUGCCAUGAUUCCCUUAUUAUCAACAGUUGUGAAUUCCUCUAGACUUUACCAUGUUCUAUUUCAAAAGUUUGAAAAUAGCAGCAAUGAUGAGAGCUCACAGUCCACGUUUCAGCACAUCAGUAAAACGUCCUGAAAAAUACACAGGCUACCAGAAGAUCUUAUUUAUAAAAACAACACUCAUAAAUUCCUCCAAAUCCCUCAUAAACAGCGCUGAGAACAGAGCAGAAAAGAGCACUGACCGCUGGAGGACCAAAAGCCAGCUUAAAGACAAAAAUGCUGAGCCCUUGGUUGUUUCUGCAUGCUUUGAAAAUAGUACUGCUCUUAUGGAGUUGUUUUUUUACUUUGCCAGUUAGAUAAAAAGAGAAAGUAUUAAAACAAUGCAGUAGUGAUAGAAUUUCACUGCCAUCGAUAGUUUUAAGCUCAGUAACAAAGCAUAUAGUCAAUGAAUAUAAAGAUGUGAUAAUUAUGAAAUAAACAAGAGAGUUUGGCAGAGCAGGUUAUAAUAACAAAAAGAAAAUAGAUAGAAAGCAUCCUGGGCUUGCUGCAAAACUCCAGAGGAGGGAUCUCCAGAAGAGAUCCUUCCCCAUUGGUGGUCGGCUCUUAAGUGAGUCGAGGAGAGGUGCAGUCAGGCUCCAGCCCUUCCAGCAGCACAGGAGAAUUGCCUUCACCUGUGCUCCCAUCUCCGACUUAGUGCUCAGUCAGAGGUUCAAGCCUUUAUUCAGCAGUUCCCACACAAAGUAUGUAACUUAAUUCUGGAGAAUAUCUUCAAGGACAUUUUAGCUCAUGUUUGGAAAUCUCAUCUCUUGCAACUAAGGGUGAAUCAUUAAAUUAAUGACUGAUUUUUCUUUUAUUUGAAGUGGUAUAAAGUGUGAAAACAGGAAUUCACUCCUUCCUCCUUCCUUUUUCUUCUUAAGAAUUUUAGCAAUUCUUUUGUAUAGCUUGAAACAGAGAACAAGCCACAAAGAGACGUACUAAAAACACUUAGGGACAAUUUAAAACAUUAGGUCCCAAUGGAGAACCAUUUCCUUUUGUUUCCUUAAAUACGUAUUCUCAGAUUAAGACAAUAGCAAUGGAUGCAUCUUGUGGUCAGAUGAAACAUCUCCCAGUUCAGUGUCAGCAAAGAUAGGAAAGUCACAUUCCAAGAUCUUCCCGUGGUCAGAUGGGAUUGUGAGAACUACGUAAGUACACUGCGAGUCCACUCUGGUCCCACUGCAGGGAAGGCAAAUCUAUUUGAAGAGUUCCAUUUUGAUUGUGAGGAAGGCUGUAAUUUUCUCUUAGGAGGACAAUGCUUCUAAAAUGUAUAAGCGUUAUAAAACGGAUUUACAGACUUACUACUCAUAUUGCCAUAAAUAGUAUUUUACCUACUUGUGAUAUACUAAUAUCAAUUUACCAUUUUUGAGCCUACAAAUGGCAGACAACUACAUUUUCAAACUUUCGCUAUAGUUUUUCGGAGGAAAUCCACAGAAACUUGUGAAACACUUCUGGAUUUUGUAAAGUUUAGCUGGAAAUGAAUUUCUUUAACCAAUGAACAGCACAAGUCAGCCAGAUUUUGAGUCACAUGUGACUUACGCAGAGUAAAUUGAAGCAACUUUAUCCACGUUUUACAGUUUCUAUGUGAUGCUGGUGGGUUUCAGAAAAAAAUAGCACUUCACUACACUAAAGCCUUUAACUACGUAGCUCUCAGAGACUAACAAUUCUUUUUAUUAGAUUCUAAUUCUAGCAAGACUGAGAUCUCUGAUCACUAUUUAAGGGCCUCAACACAAUUCUAUAAUUAUCUAUGACAUCAGAUAGCCUUUUAUCCCAUACUGGGGUCACCUACCAGUAUUUGUAAUCUCCAUACAUUUUUUAUAUAUGAUGUUAUACAUAUGAUCUGUUUACAAGGUAAACUGCUUUCUUUAAAUUCUCCAAAAAAGAAAAAGAAGAUUUUAGUACUGAAAAAACAGUUUUCUCUAAACAAUGUAACAGAUCAGAAAGAAAAGAUUUCCAAUAACAUCAUAUCAGCCUGUGCCCUGUUGAGGCCAAAACCCUCAGAGUGUCAGAAGUCCCAAGACAAGUGUUCAAUAAAGCCUUAGAGAGAGCAGGUAUGAAGGUGUUGCACAGACAGACACCCAUAUUUUUACCCCAAAAGAUCUGUGCUAUGAAGGCUACUAGGCUCUGCUGCUACAGCAGAAUGGACUCAUCCAUCCCUGCUAGAGCCAGAGCACUGCUGAUCUUCACAUCACACAUCUUUUUAGCAGGAGAGGCACAUCUGAACUGCAUGCAAAACACACACGGCUCAAGAUUCAUGGAUUCUCUACCCUGCAGUGCUUCAUUUCCUCAAGCUUAAGUCUGGCAAGCAUGUAAAGUGCCAUAACCUUCUUGGGACAUGACUGUGUUAUGCUGCCUUGGCAAGAAAACAGGAAAGAAAAAGAAGCUCUGCUUUGGUCAUCUCUGAUACAAGGAAAAAAGGCUUAUUUAUGCUGAAUGAAUGUUGAAGUUGGAAAACUAGGAGUUGGAAACAACAAUAGGCAAUCAAAACUGAUUUAUUUUGUCCUUUUUAAGACAGACAGCACCAUCAGACCCAUUUUUUCCUUAGCAUGGUCAUUAGGCUACACCCUAGAGGAUCAUCUGAUGUCUCCCUAGCAUCAGACAGAAGAAGCAAUAAACUGCACACUUCAGCACAACAAAGCGGGAUAACAGAAAGAAGUGAGAAUUAGUUUGGGCAGCACCUGGUAUGUACUUCAGAUAUCAUUUUAACAAAUUAUGCCUCAUUCUUCUUAACUUCCCAAUUACAUUUUAAAAUUAGAAAGCCCACAUGGCAUAACAGAAAUAAGUGCAUGAUGGAUUCCUUAUGUUGCUUUAAAGUAUGUUUAAAUUAUGGGAUAUUUUCUUUCUUUGG